CCUGCAAGUUUGAGAGAGAGAGAGAGAGAUCAUCCAUAUCCAUGGGAAUACGAAUACCCUAUUUUCUUAAGCUUCACCUUAAUCACAACUCAGUUUCUUCCUCUUCACCCUUCUUCCGAUCUUCGAAAUCGAUCGCCGUUUUUGUGUUGUCGCCGCUUUUCACGACGGACUAAAACCUUAGGAUCAGUCGCUGAUUACCGCAGUCAAAGUCGUAUCUUGGUGUUUUGCGGCGCUCUCGAGCUUGGAUCACUGUCUCCACGGCUUCGUCUCUGGUCGCUCCGCAGAUCUUCGCGACUCUCCUCUCACUGGGUUCUUCUCCGCUUUCUCUAAUCCCAACUUCUUCUUCGUCCGGGUUAUUUGAUUUCCCCCUCUUAAGGAAAGGAUGUUGAUUUAGGGCAUAGGAGGUUUAGGGUUAUUGUUGGGGUAAGCUUUACUAUCAUGGCUAUGAACUGGCGUCAACACCUUUUAACAUUCAGUAGUUAGUUCUUUAUCUGAAUUUGAAAAAAAAUGUGCGAGAAUGAUCAUCAUUUUGUGGAGUGGAAAGAGCAUUUUGUCUCACAGGAGAGAGGGAACCGUGUUGUUCAUUACUUCCUCAAGGAUUCUGCUGGUGAAUCCAUCUUAGCUGUGGUUGGGACUGAGAGAAGUGUUAGGCACAUGUUCUAUGUUGCCUCUGAGGAUUUUGUGCACAUCUAUGGUUCCGAGAAUUCGAUCCAUCCUGGCUUCAAAUGGAGGUCCAGGAGAGAGGUGGUGGACUGGCUCACCUCAAUGCUGUCUAAACAAAAUACACAAGGAAACUGGUCGAAGUCACCAAAAUGUGAUUCGGGGGAAUCUAAUGGGUCUCCCGAAUUUUCAAGCAAUGGGUUUGCUGCUCAGCGUGCUCAAGCAACAGAAGAGGCCCGGCUUCCAAUAAACUUGAGGGUUCACAUUUGGGAUAUUAUGUGGUCAGGAGCUUCCUGGAUGUGUGGCAAACAGCUCAAACAUUACCCAUCAUUCUGUAGGAAUGGGACAACUAUAGGGGUGCACUCUUUUGUAUUUGUCAUGAGCAAAGGGGACGACCGGUACGUUGCGUAUCUCGAAGAUAUGUAUGAGGACAAGCGUGGCCUAAAAAAAGUCAGAGUGAGGUGGUUUCACUGCACAAAAGAGGUGAAGGGUGCAGUUUCUCUCAAAAACCCACAUCCAAAAGAGGUUUUCAUCACCCCUCACUCACAGGUCAUCAGUGCUGAAUGUGUCGACGGUCCCGCCACUGUCUUGACCCGUGAGCAUUAUGAGGAGUGUAUAGCUUCUUUUCCUAAUUCUCUAUUGGAAAGGGUGCACAUGUGCUAUCGGCAACUCAGGAACUACAGAAUCAAACCUUUUGACUUGAGUAAAUUGCGUGGAUAUUUAGAUCAACCGAUAAUGUCUUGCUUAAGUUCGAUGGAGUCUGGUCCUGUAGACUGUGGGAUGAAUAAAGAGGAAGAUGAACCGUGGAGCGAGGGUGAGAAUGUAAUGGUUGACGCUGAGCGUAGCAAGAAAAAACAUAGAGGAAUGAUGUCUGACCAUCUGUUCACAGCAUAUGAAUCUUCAUGUAAAAGACUCAAACUUGAUGCCUCGGGAAGAAGAUUCCCUUCCUCGGUUGCUCAUAAACAUCCUUGUUCUAAUGGAGUUAUCAAGGCUGAUGCAAAAAUAGAGUUUCUGUGUCAAGAUAGCGGUAUAAGAGGCUGCUGGUUUAGGUGCACUGUCCUGGAAGUAUCAAGGAAACAGGUUAAGCUCCAGUAUGAUGAUAUAGAGGACGAGGAUGGAUACGGAAACCUUGAGGAAUGGGUGCCGGCUUUGAAAUCUGCUAUGCCUGAUAAGCUUGGUAUGAGGUCGUCCAACCGCCCAACAAUCCGGCCUGCUCCUCCUGAUGCUAAACCAGCAGACUUUGAUCCUACAAUUGGUGAAGCUGUUGAUGCAUGGUGGAAUGAUGGUUGGUGGGAAGGUGUUGUCAUUGCCAGUGACAAACCGGACUUGCAAAUAUAUAUCCCUGGUGAGAACUUAUGCUUAACAGUGCAGAGGAAGGAUAUUAGGAUUUCUAGAGACUGGGUGGGAGACUGCUGGGUUGACAUCGAUCCUAAACCGGAAAUACUCUCUCUUGUAUCUUCUGAUAUUAGCCUGGAAGCCAAGCUUUCCGUGUCUUCCACUCUUGCCAAAGAUGCCAACGCAAAGCCCAUUGCAAUGCCAGAUAUUGUCGAGGAUGCAAAACCUAAAGGCGAGGACAUUUCUCUUUGAGGAGGACAGAACAAA